GGCGUCCUGUUGGUCGUCCUUGAAGGCCCCUUUCCGGGCUGUCUGACACGAUACAAGUGUCGGCUUGUGUUGGCCGGUUGUCUUUCUUUCGCAAGAAAAGAAAAUAUUCUCACAGACUUUCUGUGUUCUCAGAGACGAUCUUCUUCCCUACAAAGGAGUCGCUUUCGGUGGGCGUUUCCCUCAGGCAGCGCCGUGGGCAGCCCACAGGCCCUUGUAAGGCGCGCGCCGCGGCCCCGCCUCUUUCCUUUCGGCCGGAACCGCCAUCUUCCAGUAAUUCGCCAAAAUGACGAACACAAAGGGAAAGAGGAGAGGCACCCGAUAUAUGUUCUCUAGGCCUUUUAGAAAACAUGGAGUUGUUCCUUUGGCCACGUAUAUGCGAAUCUAUAAGAAAGGUGAUAUUGUAGACAUCAAGGGAAUGGGUACUGUUCAAAAAGGAAUGCCCCACAAGUGUUACCAUGGCAAAACUGGGAGAGUCUACAACGUUACCCAGCAUGCUGUUGGCAUUGUUGUAAACAAACAAGUUAAGGGCAAGAUUCUUGCCAAGAGAAUUAAUGUGCGUAUUGAGCACAUUAAGCACUCUAAGAGCCGAGAUAGCUUCCUGAAACGCGUGAAGGAAAAUGAUCAGAAAAAGAAAGAAGCCAAAGAGAAAGGUACCUGGGUUCAGCUGAAGCGCCAGCCUGCUCCACCCAGAGAAGCACACUUUGUGAGGACCAAUGGGAAGGAGCCUGAGCUGCUGGAACCUAUUCCCUAUGAAUUCAUGGCAUAAUAGGUGUUAAAAAAAUAAAUAAAUAAAAGACCUCUGGGCU